AGCAAGUUUCUUCAACUGGUAUUACAUGACUUUCACUAUAGUUCUGCUUAUUACACAGACCGUGGUCGUGUAUAUCCAAGACCAAGUCAGCUGGGUCAUCGGCUUUAGUGUACCCACUGGACUCAUGGCAUGUGCGGUUGUUAUGUUUUUCGCCGGAAUGAAGCUUUACGUAUACGUUAAACCUGAGGGAAGUAUAUUCUCUGGUAUAGCUCAAGUUGUUGUGGCAGCUCGUAAGAAGCGAAAGAUGAAACUCCCUGAGGAAGACGACGGCACUGUGACCUACUAUGACCCUCCUGUCAAAGAAAGCGUGUUAUCCAAGUUACACCAUAGUAACCAAUUCAGGUUUCUAGACAAAGCGGCGGUGAUAAUAGAAGGCGACCUAACACCCGAGGGAGUUCCGGCCAACAAGUGGCGGCUAUGCAGCAUUCAAGAAGUGGAGGAAGUAAAGUGUUUGAUCCGAAUAGUUCCUGUUUGGUCGGCCGGAAUAAUAUCACUCGCGGCAAUGUCACAGCAAGGAACGUUCACGGUCUCUCAAGCUUUGAAAAUGGACCGACAUAUGGGUCCUAACUUCGAGAUUCCGGCCGGUUCUCUCUCCGUCAUCUCUCUCCUCACCAUCGGCGUCUUUCUUCCCUUAUACGACCGUGUUUUAGUCCCGUUCCUCCGCCGCAUCACCGGCCAUAAAUCAGGUAUCACACUCCUCCAACGUAUCGGGACAGGCAUCGUUUUCGCUAUCCUUUCCAUGAUCGUUGCUGGGCUCGUGGAGCGCAAGAGACGCAUACGCUCCAUAAACGCCGGAGAUGCGACAGGUAUGACCCCGAUGUCAGUGUUUUGGCUCUCUCCUCAGCUAAUCCUGAUGGGACUAUGCGAAGCGUUUAACAUCAUCGGACAGAUUGAGUUCUUCAACAGUCAGUUUCCGGAGCACAUGAGAAGCAUCGCAAACUCCCUCUUCUCUUUGUCCUUCGCCGGUUCGAACUACCUUAGCAGUUUGAUAGUGACGACGGUUCAUAGAUUCUCCGGUGGUCAUGACCGUCCGGAUUGGCUGAACAAGAAUCUCAACGCGGGAAAGCUGGAUUAUUUCUACUAUCUGAUCGCGGUUUUGGGUGUGUUUAAUCUGGUUUACUUUUGGUAUUGUGCUCGUGGAUACCGGUACAAGGUCGGUUUACAGAUGGGAGAUUUCGAGGAUAACAAGAGUUUCUCUGAUGUUGAGAUGAGUUCCAAAAAACAGCUGAAGUGAUUUAAUAAUGUCGCUGGGAACAAAAAGAAGAUGAUCGAUGUAGUUUUAUAAUUAUUAUUAUGACAAUGUAUCUAUUAUGUAAUAUACAAGAACUAGAUUAUAUAAUCUAUUUUACCUUCUGUUUUUA